AUGCCUGAUACAUUUUUGGCGAAGUCACCUGUCAGGAUGAAUGACAGAUCCAAGGGAAAGAUGCUUAAGAGAAAAACCAAAAACAAAAAGCAAACCAACCGGUGCAAUAGUGUGAUUAAGAGAGGUGAAUCUUUGAAAAUGCCUAGGUUGGAAAGUACGCGGAGGCCUGUUGAACUUAACAACAUCAAGCAUGAAUCACAAGCAAACCACAGUGAUAUUUUGGAUGCAAUGAAACAAGUCAAGUUCCAGCUAAAAUUAUUUGUAGAGAAAGAGAGAAACAGGGUAGUGUUUGCCGAAGCAGGAAGUGAUUUCAUUGACACUUUCUUCAGUUUCCUUACACUACCGAUGGGGACUAUCGUUAGAAUCUUAAACAAUAAUCUAGAGUCAGAGUCAAGAGUGAUUGGGAGCUUUAGUACAUUAUACACUAGUGUCAAAAAUUUGGACUCCGGGCUUUUAUGGUCUGAUGAAUGCAAGCAGAUGCUCCUCAGUCCAAGGAACUCAGCAGAAGCAGACUGUCUACAACUGAAACUGAACUUAGAUGAUAGUGCUCCUGGUACCUAUUUCAUAUGCGAAGAUUGGGGUUGUAGCCGAAAUAGUUCUGCAUUUUUAAGCACUUACUGUACUACGAGAUGUAGCUGUGGCAAGCUAAUGAAUAGAGGCAUAACUGUGUCUGUCACUCCAAAUGUCAAGAAUGUCCAACAUAAGGGUGGAGUUUUUGCUAGGGAGAUCGAAUCCUAUAUAGAAUCUCCCCUGACUGAAGCGUUUUUGUGUGAUGGCGCUGAUCGUGUGGCCAUAAUUCAAUCAAAAGUAGGCUCCUUAGCUGACACUCAGACUUGCAGAGAUAGGGAGACAACAGAAGAUGCAAUGACUAUAAAACUUAUAGUUCAAAAGUCAAGUAACAAAGUGCUGUUUGCUCUAGCAGAGAAAAACUUUGAGGAAUUUCUCUUUAGCUUCCUCACUAUUCCAUUAGGAGGCAUCACACGUCUAUUGAGCGGGAAUAUUUCUGUAGGCAGUGUAUCAAAUCUGUACCAAAGUGUUUCAAGUCUAAACAGUAAAUGCAACAUAAAAUCACAGGAAGUGAAAAUGCUCCUGAAUUUUCAACUAGCCCCACUGCAUUUCUGCAAAAACCAGAUAUUUUGUUUGAAUGAAGCAAAAGCUCCUCUAUAUUAUUGCCUCAGUGACAAGAGGUAUGCAGAGUCCAUUGGCUGCUUAGUGGAGUACAGAGUUGAUUGUAAUUAUGAGCUAAAGUGCACCCCUCUGACACUGAAAAACCCAAAGUUUGAAGAAGAAUACGCCAGGAGCAAUGAAAUGUUUAUGGUAACCGAUGAUUUGGUUGUAUCGCCAUUUUCAGCCAUCGCUAGUAUAUCGAUUAUGCAACAACUGAAAAUUUAUCCAUCUGAUGUGGAGGAACAAGUGGUCAGAAUUGGCAUGGAAGAGGCAUUGAAGAUAUUGAAGGCAUCGUUCGAGUCCACAGCAGCUUUAACCAAUGCAUUUUCAAGUGACCUGCUGUUGAAAAAGCAGCUGACGAAAGAAGAGCACUGA